AUGGUGCUUUUUGCCCGCCCAGUGAGAAUGCCCGUCGCAGAAGCAGCCCACAAAGGACGGGGGAGGAAGGCAGCAGCUUCCGCAACCGCCUCCGCAGCCCGGAGGCAAUCGGCUCUCAGCGAGGAGGAGGAUGAGCCCAGUAGCGUCCAGCCGAUGGACCAGGACGAUGAGAACAAUCGCGAUGAUCUUGAUCUCGACGAAGGCGACGAGGAGGAGGAGCACGUUGACGAAGAGGACGAGGACGAGGAGCCGGACAGCAACGAGACCAGCGAACCAGAGGAGCAAAUAGAGCCACCGGCCUUCAGCCUGGCCACGCUGGGACUCCAGCGCGUGGGCAGCGCCCCGCCGCCCAAGCCCAAGGUCCAGAAAGCCCCGAUCCUGACCCUAAACGCCCGCGGGAUGCCCGCCCGCAUACGCAAGAGGAACCGCCUCUUCUACGACGAGAACAUCAUCAACGAUGACAAGCCGCUGCGCAUGAGCUUGGCUCCCAAAAAAAUGCCCGGCAGACCACCGCUCUCCGCCGGCGGAGGCUCUGCCCAGAAGACCCCACUCACCCCAUCCAAGGUGCUGAAGAAGCGCAAGGGUGUAGUCUCUCGCUACAUGCGCUCCAGCGAGCAGGGUUCCAGCUCCAACUCGGCCAGCAGCCAGCCCCAGCAGGUGGGCAAGAGCAAGAAGACGCCAUCGAAGAGUCAGUCGGCGGGCAAGCAGACUUCGGCCAGCAAGAUGGGCGCCACAGGAUCGAAAACGGGCAGGGGUGCCCAUUUAAUUGGCAAGGGUGCGGCUGCAGCGGCGGCGGCAGCAGCGGCUGCCGAGGAGGAGGCCAGCCAAGCGGAGGCCACGGCACUGGCCAACAAGCGGUUGGGUCAGUCCAUCGGCCUGCGGCUCCGCAAUCUCCUCAAGCUGCCCAAGGCGCACAAGUGGGCCAUAGCCGAGUGGUUCUAUUCGUACAUCGAUAAGCCGCUGUUCGACUGCCGGGAUGAGUUCAUGAACCAUGUGAACGAGCUGGCACCCAGGCUGGGCACCCGGAGCCUCAAUCGUCACGAGUGGGUCAAUAUCAGGCGACGGAUGGGAAGACCGCGUCGCUGCUCGGCCAACUUCUUCAGCGAGGAGCGCAAGGAGUUGGACAGAAAACGCCAGCUGAUGCGGACCCUGCAGUCGCGCAAGCCGGGCGAAUUCAAGGACUCCAUGCUGCUGUCGGACAUGCCCGAGAAGAUACCGAUGCCACUGCCGCUGGGCACCAAGGUCACUGCCAGACUGAGAGCCCCUCAGGAUGGCAUUUUUGCCGGCACAGUGGCCGCCUACGAUUCCCUGAACGCCAUGUACCGCGUGACCUUCGAGCGACCCGGUCUGGGCACACACGCCAUCCCAGACUACGAGAUCGUGUCUGAGAACUUUCACGAGAUGCUGCCGCUGCACAGUUUCACCAAGGACUUCCGCCCUAAUUUAAUGAGCAUCUAUCAAACGAACAACCUGGGCUUCACCACCAAUCUGGGCUUCACGGCCAAUCUUGCCAACCACUAUCUGCAAAAGAAAGACAAGGCGGCUGGCGGCGGAGGAGGAGCGGGCUCGAACUAUUCUAAGCCCCAGAAGCAUCUGGUUAGCAACAAUGCUGCUGCGCGAAAUGCGCUAAGCAUGAAGCUGAACAAGAGCGAUCCCCUGUUGGGACAGGAUUCCGUGAGCGAGAGUCCCAUACGACAGCAGUUGGCCCGACAUCACGCCUACUCCAGCUCGCUGCUGGAGCAUCUGGUGCACCUGGAGAAGUACAUUGCCGUGAAGGCCGAUCGCAUCCAGCGGCUGAACAAAAUGAAUGCCACCGCCGAGCUGGCCAUGGGCGAGAUGAUCAGCCAGGAUGAGAACGGAGACCGCCAUCGACGACAGAUUGCUGACAACUUUCAGCGGCAGUAUGCCUACAAUAUCGUGUCCAUCGAGCGCAUCAACGUUGAUCUGAUGUACGAGCUGACCAAGGUGCAGGAAAUGUCCACCAGCCUGACACGCAAUCCCAAUGUGCAGGCCAUGAUCUCGCCGACAUAUCUGCGCGAAGAGUGCCGCGCCAAGGCCUCGAAGACUGUGGACGACAUCAACAAGGGAAUGGUGAAGAAUCCGCGGAUGAUACGGCUGCUGAAGAACCUCACCACGCUGCUGAUCGUGACCCAGAAUCUCGGCGGCGACUUCGACGUGAGCGAGGUCAACAAGGUGCUGGAGGGCUGUCUCGAGGAGGUGCGCAGCAAUCUAUUCAGCGGCGACAACAGCGAGGUGUUCCAGAAGAGCGUCCAGGUGCGGUUGGAGUACAUAGCCAUGGACAUCAGCAGGAGUCUGGAGGAGCGCAGUCAGAGUCGCAUUGCCGAUGGCAACGAUGAUGUGAAGUCGCUCAAGUCCGAGGAGAACGAUGGCGAAGAAGAGACAGGCAAAGAUCGGGUGCAGGAUCCCAAGCAGGCGGAGGAAACCUCCGAAGACACCUCCAAGGCGAAAACGAAAGGCCGUCCGAAAGUGGCUGAAAAGAAGGAGCCAAGCAAAGCGGACAAUAAGGACCAAGGGCAGAAGGACCAGGUUAUGGACACCGGGGAGGAGGAAAAGCUGGACUCCGACGAGUCGGACAAUCAACAGCACCCGGACGAGGAGCACGACACAGAGGAGCAACACCUGGAGCCGGGGGACCAGUCGCCCAAUCCGGCCGCCACCGAGGACACGCAAAUCACCAUCGAGUCGAUGAAGGAGUCCGACGAGGAGUUCCAAUCGACCGCCGAAACGGAGGAGGAGGACGACAUGGCCGGCUUGGAGCAGCUGAAAAUGGAAGGAGACGAGGAUGAGGAGUUCGUCUACGAGAAGUAGCCGCCGAGGAUGAACCGAGCUCCAUAUAUUCGCUUGUCGAAUACCUACAUUAUUUUUAUUUAGAUCCCAUUUCUUUGGAGGAACCUUUUUGUGGGCACCUGAACGUUAGUUUAAGCGGAAAGUUACGAAGAACGCGUUGCAAUAAGAAAUGUAACAAAGUGGCUCACAAAUCAUUGGGAUCCUCGAACUUUUUUUUUAUGUAUAGCACCGACUUUGUAAGAAAGUGUAUUUACAAAUUUAAAGACUUCAAUAAAAAGAAGAGUAAAAAUUAAA